AUGAGGAGGAAGGAACUGGUAGUCAUCUGCGCCGACAUGAUCCUCUACACGGAAGGAAAGACCUUCCUGAGUAAUUGCCAUCAGGAGAAAUCUCUUCCGCACAAUGUGUGGCAGGAAACGGGCCAUGUCUGUUGUUUUCCGUUAAGAUUCUCUCUUCCAGUUCCCAAAAGCCAAGGUCUUGUUAAUUUUUUCUAUUUGAAAUUUUUAACAAAUUCCAAUUUCACUUUCUUCAACUUCUUCAUACAUGCGAAAAAAUUAUGUUUCUGUCCAUCUUCGAAUCUCAAAAAAAUAAAAGUCUUGUCUUCCCAACGUCUUCCUCAGGAAAAUCGUUUCUAUCCAUCUUCUUUUAAUUGUUCACCAGUUUGCUGCAAGUUCGACUCCCAGAGGGAUUAAUUCAUUCGAAUCUACUGUUAUCUGCAACUUGUACUCUUGCUAGAAGUUUUUUUCAGCAAUAAAUUUCGAGAACUCGAUUUCUCACGCUUUUUACCCUGAAACUUUCCCUAAUUUUUCUUCCGAAUAAUCCUUUUGCCACCGACCGCAUCAAAACUUAUUUUUUUGGCACAAAUCUUUUUUCUCAGAAAGCUUCCUGGGAUUUCAGAAGAGCCAAGACUUUUAGAAUCAAAAACUGUUCUUAGUGUUUGAACUACGAUCAAAUAUUAGGAAAUGCGGUUUUUGUUGCAAUUAUCAACCUGAAAAACAUUGAAAGUCUUAGCAAACGUUCGUAUCUGACUUUCGAAACACAUCCUGUUCACAAACUGUCCAAUAUUUUGAUUACCUCGUUCCUUAAAAGCUUGAAUUUUGAUAGUCGUUGCAUUAGCGCAGUGAGCUAUGAACAAUCCGAAAAAUGAAUUCCAAAGAAUCAAAUCAUAUCAAACCAAAUUACUAGAUGAAAUCAGGUUUUUCGCUGUCUUUUCUACUUGAAAAAUUUAUUCGUUUGUUAUAGCUAUUCAUUCAACUUUUUUCCGCGACAAAAAAGGAAACUUCAGGUUUCUUAGAAAUUUUAAAAAUGAUGUCUAUAAAACCACUCCAUGUUUUAUGAAAUCGAUAUGAUACAAACCAAACGAGCACAUCACUAGUUAAUAUGCCGGAUGAAAGGUCUCUGCAACUCUUUGGUUCUGCUCUCUCUGAAUAUUGGAUGCAAAACGAGACCGAAUAGUUGCGCUCAGUUGUGGGAGAACUCCUUCGGUCUCUUCUUCCCUUUUUUAUAGACUUGAUUACUUUUUCUACAUAAUGAACUUAGAAAACCAAACUAAGAAUGAAAUGUGAAUAAAAAAAACUUAGUCACAACUGUUCGAUCUCUCUUUAUUCUCGAGUUCAAAAAUGUGACAUCUCCGUUAGACUAUAUUUCUCCCGUGAGUCAUUAGUAACUGUAAAACUUCCGAAAAUGAAAAUUAAAUUUUUUUGUUGAAAUGCGAACUUUCGAAGUUAAAUUCAAAAAGUAUAUAAUUUCUCACUAAAAGCUGAAUAUUCUCUCAUAAUGAAAAAAAAAAACGCUCAUAACUUUUAAUAUUCGCCUAUGCCAGCCACCGCUGUCCUGACAUUGUAACGUGCAAAAAGAAAUGCCGUAAAUCCCCCUCAAUAUUGUCGUUUCGGAGCAUUUGAUGAGUAGGACCUUUACUUUUUUUUCUUUUCCGCUGUUGUUUUGGGUUCUUUUUAAGUUUGCCGACGAUCUUGCAUUUUCAAAUUACUCUGCACCUGUUCAAAAAUGAAAUCAUAAACUGGAAAAGAUUUCAUUUUUUUCUCUCGAUUUUUACGAGUAGUUUGGUUGUUUGUGGCUUCGAACUCAUGACCAAAGACAUAAAUUUUUUGAGAAUUCAUUGCUAAAAAUGACGCUUGGACAUCUCCUGACGUCGUUAUCUUUUCGGAUAUGCACCAAAAGUUGAGAAAUUUUCCACUCCGAACGCUUUAAGAUGAAACCCGAUUCUAGAGAAAUGCGCAAUAGUCUGAGAAGGCUCACGUCGUCUAGCCCCUGAAAAUCCCAGAAAUGCUGAUUUAUCUCUCGGCCCCUUCAUCCAUUUUCCGGCAGAAAUUCAGGCUUUUAUUUUUAGUGACGCUUCAAUUAACAAGUUGAUUCUCAUUUUUGCUUCCAAUUUUUUUCUAAGUUUUCUCUUUGGAGUCGUGGCUGUGAAAUUAUAUGAAACGUUUUUUUCCAAAUCAUGUACUUCAAUCCCUGCUACUGGAAAACGUUCCCAUGCAUAAUUUCUAACAAGCAACGCUUCUGAAACCUAAUACGCAAUGGAAUCUAAUAGUAGAAUUUGAUGAGGCUCACUAAAACAAAUGCUCGUUUCAUAUGAACUUCGUUUGGCUUUUUAUUUCCGUUUCAACUUUUAAAGCUUGUUCAUGUCGAUAUCGUGAAACCGCUCUUUUGCAGAUCAACUGGCGAGAAAUUAAAGAAUAAAAACAAGAGGCUUCUCAGAGUUUGGUCUACCUUUUGUAAAUGCUCAAGCCGGUGGAGCUAAAAUUGCGUAAUUCAAAUAACAGUAGAAGGAGAGACUCGAGCUUACAAGAGGUAACAGAGUUACUUGAAAUUUGAACUGGUUGAAAUGUUUUAUAACGUGCGAUGGGGAAAUGUUUUUCAAAAAAAUGGAGAAAAUACUUUUCAGAGUCUCAAAUUUUCAGGUGUCGGCGGAUUUUCUACGUCUGAAUGGCAGCCGACAGCAGUUCAAAAAUCUACUUUCUGCUCGUAAAAAAUUGGGCUCAUUGCCACCUGCCUACACGCGAAUUGACUACAGCCGAGAGUCGCUCGACUCAGGUAAUCGGAAUCGUAUCGAAACUUUCAAGACGGAAAUUUUGGAUAAAAGUUUUGUUUCAUUUGGCUCAAAAAAGAACCCAAUUUACGUGAAUCGCGCUCGAAAAGAGAAUUUUGAACGAUAUAAUUACAAAGCCACAGGUUUUCUAGCACUUGAGAUUUUUUUUGAAAUGAAAUCAAAAUCAAGCAACGGAAACGUGAAGGAACGUUUUUUGAAACUGUUGAAAACAAAUUGAAAAAAACUGACCAUUGGGACUUGAAUUUUAUUCAGAAUUUCUGAUAAAUUUUUUUUUCUUGCAAUAGAUCAUUCUGAUGUUUCCCGGAAACUACUCCUUCGGUGUUUUCAGCAAAACCGGAAAGAUUUCAGCUCGCGGAACGCCGAAUCAUGGUCCGGUAAUCACAGUCGAAGACACCGGCUCUCAGUUGCGUAUCAAUCACGUGAAGUCAAGCCUGACUCAGAGUUUGCUCGAGUCGCAACAUGGAUCAUUCGACAAGAUCCCACCGCAAGGCUUGGGCAAGCUCACCAACUCGAAAAUUGCUGAUAAGACCCUUUGCAGCUAUAACUUUCUGUGAGAGCAAUGGGUCGGCAACUUCUCAUCAUACGGCGAGCGCGUUUCGACGCAAUAAUAGCCGGUAGGAUCCCUGCUGAAAUGAACUCUGAAACACCUCAUUUCUUUGACAUUUAACCCGGGUUUAUUCAGUCUGCAGUCAAAAUUAGAAGUGAAUUGAAAGUACAUUCAUUUUGAAGGCGACAAAAGUUUUGGAUUAGGACCAGGUACUAAAAUGAAUCUCCACAAUUUUCAGCAGACCAGUUUUAUAUUCGAAUUGAAUUCUUUGAGAAUGGACUGUGAAAGGAUUGCAAAAGAAAAAAAUUUUCCUAGUUGAAUAUACUUUCAGUUAUGGCGUUCCGAUCGACAGCAGCGCCGUCAAACUCGUUUACAGAGUUCGAUCUGAGAGGCUGAACAACAGGUUUUUUACUUUUUUUUCCCGAAAGCUUAUAAACACUUUCCAGAGUUCGUAUAACUGACCGAUCGUUGUUCUUCGCCUUACUUGGAAUUUUGCUAAUGUUUGUCGAGUCUGAAUUGACAGCCCAACAAAUUUUUGGAAUAGACAAGGUUUUUCAGAAAAAUGCUGAAUUCUUGAAGAUGAUCUUGAUUUUUCAGUCCAGCUUAGCGUCUAUUUUCCUGCGUUCUUCCGUCGUUCUGAGCACGAUUGCUCUACUGUAUCACAUUGUCCUCUAUCAUAUCAAUGACAUUGUUGUUAGUUCUUUAUCUCCAAAAUAGGCAUAUAAUCAAAGUCUAGUGCAAAAUGAAAUGUUUAAGCUCGAACUAGUCGACUGUGGAGCAGAUGAUUGGAGAGUGGUUGUUACAAUGGAACGAGCCGUUCAGUUCUUGGUCGAGUUUGUUUUCUGCGCGAUUUGCCCGUUUCCAGGUGAUUGAAAAAUAAUUUUUUUGCAAAAAAAUAUUCGAAUAUAAAUUUUUUUCUCGUGUAAUUUUUUUAUCCGAGAAGUUGGAAAAAAAUCAAAAAAAGUUCAAAAAGAGGACAUAAUUUUUUUUUGACUCAAAGGUGAAUAAUUUAAACGAUUCGUUGUCUUUUAGAAACUCAGACGUUUGUUUCGGUUCUUAGUUUGUCCUUGAAAAAUCUGGAUCAAUAUUCAUAGGCAAGAAAACUAUGGGGAUUUUCUGUCCGACCAGUGGAAUUCGAAUCCAGGGGAAUGAGAUAAAACAGGAAAAAAACACGGAUCUUUUUAUAGAAGGAUUGAAAUGACCAAAAGCUUUACAGGCACCGGUACCAUGCAAUGGUCAUUCAUAACCUCAUCCCUUCAUGUUCCUCACGACAACAUGAGUCCAGCUUUUCAAACUCGCGAGGUUAUUCAGAUUGAAUAGCAAACAUGGAACAGCAUUUUCAAAGUUUUGAUAAGAAUAAGUUUUCAACUCAAACGUGUAUCGGAAUUCUAUUGAAAUGACUAUUUUUAACGUGGAAGCUUGAUUGAGAGACAAAUCCACCUUCUGAGGCUCCCAUUAUAGAAAUAUUUUGGCAGGUUCCGGUUGAUGUCAUUCUUUCUUGUGCGAUGCUUCUACGUUGCUACCUUUUUGCAAGAUUUAUGGUGCUCCACAGCAAGCAAUUCCAGGUAAUUUCGGCAUGGAAAAUUUAACUACUGUUACUCACGAACUUUGCUUCUCUAGGACGCUUCGACACGAACUCUUGCGGCUUUGAAUCGUAUUCAAGUCAACUUUUCGUUCGUUCUCAAAACAUUCCUCGACCAACAGCCUGUCCUUUUCCUCACAAUGUUCACUUUCGUGUUUUGGAUCACCAUGUCAUGGAUAUUUGUUCAAUGCGAAAGGUAACUGCCCCAACCAUGUUGAAAUGUAUUCAAAAUUCAGAUACGGCUUUCCGAAUAAAGACGCGAACGUUAUAAUGUACUCUAAUGCGCUUUGGUUCAUAGGUUUAGAUUUUCAAAUUUUUGGGAUGAACUGGACAUUUAGCUAUAACAUUCAUGCUGAACGGUUAUGGAGACAUUGUGCCGCAGACACAUUUGGGAAGAAUCAUUGCAAUAUUUGUCGGAGUUGUGGUGAGUUCAAUUUUUCAAAUAAAAAACAAAGGAAGGUGUUAGGACCUAAUAAAAAAAAUGAGGCGACGUCAAGCUAACUUCCAUUAGAUUUGCCCAGUCAGAGAACGGCUUGCGCGUGAUGACGUGAAAGAGCGGCUUUAAGCGGAUAAAAGGAAAAUAUCACACAUUAGUUGUUUCAUAAAAAGUUGGUAUAUUCUUUAGAGGCGUGUCUGACUCCAUUUACUAAAGUUUUCUAAAAUCUGAACCUUCUCAUUGUGGGCAGUUAGGAUCAGAAGACAUUCAACUGGUAGAACUACCUAGUUUCAAACACAGAUGCCUCAAAGUUUUGGUUUCUAGCAAAGAGCCUGAAGGACCACAAAGGCGAAACAUUCCGGUUGUGGCUUGCAGCCCGUUCAAAAUUAACUUUCUUUUGGAAUUCGAAGUUUUCCAGAAAACCUGCUCUUACUGAGGAGCCUGGAAAAGAUUUUCGGAAAAAGUAAUCAUGUGAUAGAGUUUCUAGCUACCCAAGCGCUUUCGAAACAAUGAAAAUCCAUGAGCCUAGUCUUGAAUAACGCAUUAAAUAUAAAAAAGACCUUUUUUAGGGAGCUAUAAUUUCGUCUAUCCUAAUUGCGGUCAUUUCGCGCAACAUUCUAUUGUCCCAAGGCCAACGAAACGUCAACAAUUUCAUGCACGACAGCAAAUUAACGAGGGAGCACAAGAACGCCGCAGCAAGGGUAAAAUGGAACGGCCGAAAAAAAGAUCAAAUUUUCCUUUUUAGGUUCUCCAAUAUACUUGGAGGAUACACAAGUGCUUGGCGGGAUCCGAGAAUGGCGAUCGGAAACUGAGAACCUAUCAGCGCAAGUUCUUGCGUGCUAUCCAUGCGUAUGUUUUGAUUUUUCUUUGACUUAACACUUGAUUCAACUGACUUAGACAUUUUUUUGCAGAUUCCGCUCGAUAAAAAACGAAAUGCGUGUAUUUGGAGAGAACAACUCGGCCAGCACCCAACAAGUCACCAGGGUAUGAUUAAAGUUUCCACCAAUUCACGCUCAAUUUUUUUCAGCUUGUUGCUGAGAUGCAUAGCUCGAUGCAGAAGCUUGUAAAUGCCCAAGAAGAAAUGCGGGCUCAGAUCGAUGUAACUGAAAAAAAGAUGAUUUCAAAAACAUGUAGCUGAUUCAGGUUCUCCAAAGAGCCGUUCGAAAUCACUACCCGCCGACAGCUCCUUACACCAGAGACAGCCCGAAAAGGUGACAAAAAUCGAGAUUAGAGUGUACUCAGUUUACCGCUGACUUUAAAUUGAAAAAACAGCAAAGAACUCUUUAUUUUGUUUCGUUUGUACACUGUUGCAUUGUUAAAUCUAAUCUAAUUUUACAGACAAUCUUCGAGAGGAAACUCUUCUCCAUUGGCUUAUGAAAACUAUCACUACUGUCCCAAUGACCAAUUCGACUCAAAUUAA